AUGAAUGGCAUUACAAACUGUCCAGAUGAUGUCAAAUUAGCCAGUGACCCAAGUCGAGCUUACUUGGCUGACUAUGCAAGGAGGAGAGUCCCCCGGCGUGUGAUCACUGAGAAUGGUAUAGUGUUGCCAAAGCCCCCAAGGGAACCAGCAAGGAGGCACAGCGUAGGGAGCUCGGUGACGAUACCAAAGGUCAUUAUCCAACCUGUCUCUGAUGAAGAGGCUGCCCAGGAGGAACCAGCUGACACGGCAUAUACGAGACGGGGCCAAAGAGCAAGUUCUACUUUGAAGGCCUUACGACUAAUUGGUGGAGCUCCAGACCUGAAGACUCAUGUGGACUGUGUCACUUCACGCAGGAUUGUGAAGUUGCCUGGGCUUAUUGACAUCCAUGUACAUGUCAGAGAACCAGGUGCGACUCAUAAGGAAGACUGGGCAUCAUGCACGGCUGCAGCUUUGGCAGGGGGUGUGACACUCCUUUGUGCCAUGCCCAACACCCAGCCUCCUGUCACUGACCUUGAUACUCUCACACUGUCAAAGGAGCUUGCCAGUCGAGGUGCACGCUGUGAUUAUGCUAUCUUCAUGGGUGCCUCAAAUGACAACUAUAGCACAGCACCUGAAUUGGCCCCUCGUUCUGCUGCUCUCAAGAUGUACCUGAAUGAGACUUAUACGACACUCAAGCUGGACGAUACAACAGUUUGGCUUAAGCACCUUGAGUCGUGGCCAGCACAUAUCCCAGUGUGUGUCCAUGCAGAAGCGCGUACCAUGGCAGCUGCGUUGAUGACUGCAAGCUUGGCUUCGAGACCCAUUCACAUCUGCCAUGUUGCACGGAAGGAGGAAAUCCUUCUAAUUAGAGCAGCAAAAGCAAAGGGAAUGCAAGUAACCUGUGAAGUGUGUCCUCAUCACCUGUUCCUUACCUGUGACGACCUGGAACAGUUGGGACAGAAGGGAGAAGUUCGACCUUGUCUGGUCACAAGCGAAGAUCAGCAAGCUCUCUGGGACAAUCUGGACAUAAUUGAUUGCUUUGCAACAGACCAUGCACCACAUACCCUUGAGGAGAAAACAGGGGGUAAAGCUCCACCAGGUUUCCCUGGGCUCGAGACGAUGUUGCCACUCUUGCUGACGGCUGUUACACAGGGGAGGCUCUCAAUGGAGGACCUGAUCAAUAAGCUGCACCACAAUCCUCGUCGCAUUUUCCAACUGCCACGCCAGCCAAGAACACACAUAGAAAUUGAUCUUGAUGCCCAGUGGACUAUUCCUGAAGCUCUGCCCUUCAGUAAGGCACAGUGGACCCCAUUCGCUGGCAUGAAAGUGACUGGACGUGUGCAGAGAGUCGUCCUGCGAGGUGAAGUGGCCUAUGUGGAUGGACAAGUACUCUUGUCUCCUGGUUUUGGAGAAGAUGUCAGGGAAGCCCAACCCCUUACCACUGCUUCCUCAAGUGUCACUGGAGGACCUCCUGUUUUCCCGAGCCCCCUUUGUGCUCAUCCCUCGACCAUCAGUUUGCCACCACACAGUCAGCACACACCAGCAGGAUUUAUUAACCAUAAAGUUGCAGUUAAUGGAGAAAUUCCUACUCCUGCAGAACCAGUCCUGGCAACACCAACAACGGUCACUCCUUCCCUCUCCUCUCCAUCACGCAAAGUUGGACAGUCACUUCACCAGACUUCAGAGUUGUAUAGCGAGAUGUUGAUGGAGCUUGGUGUGGGAGACUCGGCAGAAAGGAAGGGAAGAUCCACGGUAAGACUUAAGACAAGGGAUGCAUCUCCAGCCCGUCCAACGCCCAGCAUCCCAUCUGGUUUACCUGGCAUAACGACAUCUCAUGGCCUUCAGGGUCAACAUGUCCUGAGUGUUCAGGGACUGAGCAAGGACCAGCUGAACCACAUCUUCAACUUGGCCCAGACUUUCCGUGUCUGCAUUAACAAGGAGCGACCCCUUGAGCAUAUUCUUAAGGCAGGAAUGGAUAGAAUGCUUGAGGGCAAGCUGUUGGCACUGAUGUUCUAUGAAGUGUCUACUAGAACGUUCUGUAGCUUCCAGGCAGCCAUUCAGCGACUUGGUGGACGUACAGUUACAAUGGACACGAACACUUCCUCUGUCAAGAAGGGAGAGACCCUUGAAGAUUCUGUGAUCAUGAUGUCAGGGUAUGCGGAUGUUGUAGUACUGAGGCACCCUGAGCCAGGAGCUGUGGCUAGAGCAGCAGCUGUGAGCAGACGUCCAGUUAUAAAUGCAGGUGAUGGUGUGGGAGAGCAUCCAACUCAGGCACUGCUUGAUGUGUUUGCCAUUAGAGAGGAAAUUGGUACUGUAAAUGGCCUGAUUAUUACAAUGGUUGGAGACUUGAAACAUGGAAGAACUGUACAUUCCUUGGCUCGAUUGUUAACACUGUACAAUGUGCAGCUUAGAUACGUUGCUCCUCCUGGCUUGGGCAUGCCAGACUAUGUCACACAGUAUGCGGCUUCACAAGGAAUCCACCAGGAAGAAUUUAGUAGCUUAGAAGCUGCUCUUCCAGACACUGAUGUUCUCUACAUGACACGUAUUCAGAAAGAAAGAUUUGGAACUCCAGAAGAUUAUGAACGGGCUUGUGGACACUUCAUCGUGACGCCCCACCUGAUGACACGUGCCAAAAGGAAGAUGAUCGUCCUCCACCCCUUGCCAAGGAACCAGGAAAUUUCCCCGGAGUUCGACACAGAUCCUCGGGCCGCUUACUUCCGUCAGGCUGAGGGAGGGAUGUAUGUGAGGAUGGCGCUGCUUGCCAUGGUCCUCGGGAAGUGCUGAAUGUUGAGCGUUGUUUGAUGCUAAUUGAAAGAAAUUGAAGGAACUGUGUUGAUGAUGCUAUGUGUCAAUAGCAACUUUUUCUCUCUCUCUAAAGAUGUUGGAAGAUUUAGAUGAAUCUUGAAAAAUUGUUGAAGUUGGAAAUUAAACUGAAUUGCUAUAUUGGAAAUGAAAAAGAAAAGUUUCCAGAAGGUAAGAUGAGCAGUUUAACAAUAUUAAGAUAAUCUUUUAUGAGAAUCCACACAGUAUUAUAUACAAUGGAUAUAUUUCAUAAGGAAACAAUAUUGAAUAAAUGAGCUUCACAGGAAAUACUUUCAUUUAGCACCUGUUAAUCAAAGCUCACUGUAAUCAAAUUAUUUAAGAACUUUUUUUCUUAUUUUAUUUUGAUUCAAAAGGAAGAUAUCUUGUAGCUUUAGUACAUUGCUAUUUUGAUUAUUAUAAGGUGAAUUUAGGUUACAGUUAGUGCUGCAUAGGAAUCAAAAUUAUGCCAUGAAAGAAUUUGUUGAAACACAUCUAUUUACUGAAAAUCAUAUUUUUUGUGAAGAAAACACAGUAUGUGGCUGAAGGUUAGAAUUCAGCUGUUAGAAAAGAGACAUUUUCCUCAAGUAUAUUACUAUAAAUGCUUAUAUUUAGGCAAAUACUGUAUUAUUCAAAAGUAUUCAUGUAUGAAGGAGAAUCUUGUGGCUGUAGACCUGUAGAUUCCGAAUCCAUAUAAUAGCUAAACUUAAUAAAAACUAUGCAAAGAA